AUGAUAAUAUCGUAUUAUAUCUUCAAAACAAAGAUCUUUGUUGCACGUGAGCUUUCACCAAUCGAUGGUGAUCCACUAUUGAUCGACGUCGUGUGCUUUUUAGGGUUAGGGUUAUUUGUUUCAAUUGGAGAGUCACAACAACUAUCAUUGACGGUUACUCAAAUAGUUGUUGGUAUCACAUCGGUUAGUAUCACCUAUGUUGCACAGUGUCCUUCACCACCUGGAACUCCAGGUCUUUCACUAAACGGAAAUGCUAUCCCAUGCAAUACAGUGUCACCCAACACUCUACAAUGUAUUGGUCUGUCACCCAACUCUACAGCACAAUACGAUUUCUCGUUUAUGUGUGGUAUAGCAUUUGUACAUACUCCAAAUAAACUUUCCAUUAAAACCUAUGCUAUGCUUGGUAAUCCAAUAGCAACUGUCAUCCCUAUCAAUUCUAGAACACUUAAUCUUACAAUGUCUGUUGAUGGUGGUAAUCCUGCAUUAACAUAUUAUGAUUUUGAAAUCAAUGGUGUCCCAGUGAUAACACAUACACAAAUGACUAAUAUCAUCUUUCCAACUGAUAUUGGGCUUGGUAGUCAUCCAGUUUUAUUUACUGCCGAAUGUGAUGGAUUCUCUUUUUCAGCUGCCUCUUCUUUUAUUAUUUAUCAAGAUUUAAUAUUUGAUGUUGAAAUUAACAAGUUGGGAUCAAAUAGUGCAACUGCUUAUUUAAAUAAUAUAUCUGGAAAUGAUUCUCAAACUACUAUAACAUAUUAUCUCAAUGAUAAUGCCAUUCAAAAUUGUACGGGGGUAGUGGUUGGUGUUAAUUGUAAUUUAACAAAUCUUACACCUGAUACAUUGCAUACACUCAAGGUAUACGGUGUAAAUGGUAACCAUGUUGCCAAUACAACCCAUCUCAACUUUACAACUGAUCCAGCAUUGGAAAUUAUAACUCUUGAAGGAUAUCAAACGGAUAAUUCACAGUUUAUCGUAGAGUAUACUGCUACUGGUGGUACUGAAACACCACUCUUUACAGUCUAUGUAAAUGGUACUGUCUAUUGCGAAGAGGAAUAUAGUGAUUAUUGUAAUAUUCCACUCACAGAAGAAUCAUUAAUCUCUCAACACACUAUUCUAUUAAAAGCAACUUCAUCACCAGACUCUAAAGAUGAUCAAACAUUUACCUAUAAUACUUGGAGAUCACCAAAGAUAUUAAAUAUUACAGGAGUAGUAAAUGAUAAAGGUCAAAUUGUAUUGGAAUGGGAAAGUGUUUAUGGUAAUCCAAAUGAACCAUUCAAAUAUACUGCAUUACUUACAAAUGAUAUUAACGAACCAUAUGAUGUUAUUUGUGACAAGAUCGAUGAAAAGAUAUGUACAUCCAACUCGACUGGUAAUAUUCAAAAUAUUAUCAUUAUAACAUCCAACGACAAUUUCGAUCAAACUGAAAAUCAAGCUAUCUUCAAUUUUACAUUAUGUGCAUCUACUGAAACACCAACAGGACCACUCUGUUCAGGUCAUGGUAUUUGUGGUAAUGGUACUUUGGGUUGUACUUGUAAUCAAAAUUACAAUGGUACAUUAUGUCAAACUAAAAUUGGACCAUCUACCACUGGAUCAUCAUCAAGUGAAGUUCCAGUAAGUUCAUCAUUCUCUAUUAUCUAUGGAUCAUCAUCUUCAUCCUCUUUCUUUUAUUUUUUAGGGUUAGGGUUAUUUGUUUCACCUUCACAAUCACAAACCCCGUCAAUUACAGUUACCAAUAUCGUAGCUGGUAUGACUGCAGUCAACAUAACCUAUGAAACAGUGUGUCUUACAGUGCCAGUACUCCUUCCCAGAAUUUGGCUCACCGAAGAAAUCAUUUGUUCGUCAGUUUCUCCCAACACUGUACUAUGUCCUGGACUCACACCAAACACAAAUGGACUAUACUAUUUCUACUUUCAAUGCGGUCAAGUAAAUGUAAAUACCACAAAUCAAAUUGAAAUUUCAACCUUUCCAACAUUUUCAAAUCCAAUAAUACAAGUCAAACAAAUUACCUCUAAAUCAAUCAAUAUUAUGUGGUCAGUUGUUGGUGGAAAUCCUGCAUUGACAGUUGUAGACAUUCAAUUAGAUAAUAUACCAGUUGUAAUAGGUACACAAGAUACUGAUUUCAACCUUGACAUAAAUGUUGGUCUUGGAUACCACAUGUUGUUAGUCACAUUCUAUUCUGGUGAUGGAAAUCCAAUUUCAGCUGUUCACAAUUUUAUUAUAUUACAAGAUUUAACAUAUGAUAUUGUAAUUGGAAAUUUGGGAUCAAAUAGUGCAAAUGUUAAAUUGGCCAAUGUUGCUGGAAAUGAUGCUCAAACUGUUAUAACAUACUAUAUCGACGAUGUUGCCGUUGUGGGUUGUAUAGGAUUAACUCUUAGUCUAAAAUGUAAUUUAACAAAUCUUGCACCUGAUACGGAACAUACACUCAAGGUAUACGGUGUAAAUGGUAAUCUAAUUUCCAAUACAACCUAUCUCAACUUUACAACUGAUCCUGCAUUGGAAAUUACAUCUCUUGAAGGAUUCCAAUCAGAUAAUUCAGAGUUUACUCUUGAUUAUGCUGCUACUGGUGGUACUGACAUAAUACUCUUUACAGUCUAUGUUAAUGGUACUGUCUAUUGCGAAGAGGAUUAUGGUGAUUAUUGUACAAUUCCACUCACAGAAGAAUCAUUAAUCUCUCAACACACUAUUCUAUUAAAAGCAACUUCAUCACCAGACUCUAAAGAUGAUCAAACUUUGACUUUUAAUACUUGGAGAGGUAUAAUGAGUAAAUUAUUAGAAUAUGCAAAUCAUUGCUUAGAAUCAUAUCAACCAACUACAAUUGUAGCUGCUACUGCAGGUAUUACUGCUGCCUCUGUUUUACUUUUUAACAGUAUUUCUGAUCAAGAUUUUAGAAAACAAAUGAGAAAUAAAGUAUUUAGUACAUUAAGAAGUGCACCAGGUGUAAAGGAAAAAGUAAAGGAAGAGAGAAAGAAAAUCAAAGAUCAUCUAAAGGAACAAUUCCAAACCAAUCCAAAGCACUCUCACUACACUUUGCCAUUGAAUGGUAUCAAGCAUGAUGACAUUCUCGAAUUUAUGGACGAGUUGAUGAAAAUAGAUGAGAGCAAGUGGAAAGACAGCAAGGUCAGUGGUUGUGUCUAUCUCGGUGAACAAGAACACUCGAACCUUUUGAACAAGACCUAUGCACCAAAGAUAUUAAAUAUUACAGGAGUAGUAAAUGAUAAAGGUCAAAUUGUAUUGGGAUGGGAAAGUGUUUAUGGUAAUCCAAAUGAACCAUUCAAAUAUACUGCAUUACUUACAAAUGAUAUUAACGAACCAUAUGAUGUUAUUUGUGACAAGAUCGAUGAAAAGAUAUGUACAUCCAACUUGACUGGUAAUAUUCAAAAUAUUAUCAUUAUAACAGCCAAUGACAAUUUCGAUCAAACUGAAAACCAAGCUAAAUUCGAUUUUACAUUAUGUGCAUCUACUGAAACACCAACAGGACCACUCUGUUCAGGUCAUGGUAUUUGUGGUAAUGGUACUUUGGGUUGUACUUGUAAUUCAAAUUACAAUGGUACAUUAUGUCAAACUAAAAUUGAACCAUCAUCAUCAAGCGAGGUUAGUUCAUCAUUCUCUAUUAUCUAUGGAUCAUCAUCGUCAUACACUUUCAACUCUUUGUUCUAUUACUAUCUUUGA